AUGUCAUCAUUUUGUGCAGGGUCAGUGAAAGAUUCUGUUGUUGGUGAAGAGCGUAUUGCUCAAUAUUUAUUGGCAGUUUUGAAUACCCGAGGCACUCCAAUCCAUUGGAAGCAUCUUACUAAUAUUGAAACUGAAAGUUGUCACCAUGAAUCUGAUGACAAGCCUAAUUAUAAUCUCAAGGAUCUUCUACCAAAGAAGAGGAAACCUCCCAGUAAAUCUGAUAUGCACUACAUUGAGGAUAUCACUACCGAAGUCGAACGAGCAUUAUGCACAACUCUCUUGGAAUUCAACGGUAAUUUGGAGGAUGAAGUCGACCUUGGAACCCUUUUAGAUCAGCAGUUUGAAGUGUUGCAGAAGGCGUUAAAGAUACCUCAGAAAGCAUCAGAGGCUCGUAUUAUAGUGUCGAAGAAGUUCCUGACUUUGUUUAGAGCAGGCAAACUUGGCCCUUUUAUCCUUGAUGAUGUACCUCACUCAUAUGGCUCUGUAUGCUAA